AUCACACUUCACUAAUCACCAAAUGUUGCAUACACAUGCCAACGUGAGAGAACCCAUGAGAAAGAAACAUAAGUCUCCACAUACCAUAACCGAUCACGUAGAUAUAUUAACUGAAGUCUUGCAGAGACUCGACGGCCGGUCGUUAAGUGUGGCCGCUUGCGUGUGUCGACAAUGGUGCUCCAUCGUUCGCAACGACUCGUUAUGGGAACAUUUGUGCUUCCGGAAAUUGUCUGUUGGAAGUCGGUCGGUUGUUAUGGCGCUGGGUGGGUACCGGAGGCUGUACAUGGUGUGUGUGCGGCCGCUGGUGAGUCGACUAAAGGAGAGGCGGGUGUGGGACCGGAAUGAGAUGGAGCUGACGUUGUCGUUGUUUUGUGUGGAGUACUAUGAGAGACUGUUGGGUGGUGGUGUGGCGGUUGCCGGCGGUGCGAAGUCGCUCAAGUUUUUAUGUGAAGCCGUGAAUGUUAGGAAGUUGGAAAAUGUUGUGAAAAGAUGAAAACGACAUGGUUAACUGGCUUUCUAUUUUUUUAUUAUGGUAGUUUUACAAUAUUUAUUUUUUGUUUGGAUUGC